UACCAACCAUUUAUACUUAAUAGCCCUUUUCCUCUUAGAAGACUUCCAAGAAAAAUGGAAACACUUGGAGCUAUCCCUGAUGAUGGUGAAUGGGAAUGCUUUCGCAGAAUAUUUGACACCGACAACCACGAUGACUCUCCACCGCAAUUACUUGAUCAAACCUCGCUUCUGCUUGGGGAAAAUGAUGGGAACUUUGGAGUACAAUCCAUGUUUUGCUCCCCUUCUGAAGCUGAGGGAAAUAUUAAUACUAAUGUGUUUUACUCUUUUGAUUCUCACAUUAACUAUAAUUCACAAGAAAGUAAUCAUAGCACUCAAAGUCACACAAACUACUAUUUUGAUUGUUCUGAUCAUGUGGCAGCUAACAAUAGUGACAAAACAGAGAAUUUUGAUCACAGUCAAGUUCAACCUAUUGUUUCUUCCACCAAACAGUUGAAGCUCAAAAGGAUGCUUGGUGUGCCAGAAUUUGAUGUGCAAGUAGAAGAUAAGACAAACUCAUGUGGGAAUCCAACUAAGAAACACCGUGCUUCGAAAGAUGUGCAAAGAUACGUAAAUAAUGCAGAGUCCAAGAAGAGCAAGAAGGUUAAUAGAAAUGAGAACAAGGCAGAAGAAGCCAAUACAAGUAUAGAUGGACAUAACUCUAGUGGUUAUACCUCAGAGGAACAAAACAUGUGUGAGGAAAACAGUGGAGGAGCUUCUGCAGCAUCUAAAUCAACUGUGUCUCUCAACUCCAAUGGAAAAAAAAGAGCUAGUAGAGGAUCAGCAACAGAUCCUCAAAGCCUUUAUGCAAGGAAAAGAAGGGAGAAGAUAAACGAGAGACUGAGAACUCUGCAGAAUCUUGUACCAAAUGGAACAAAGGUUGAUAUAAGCACAAUGCUUGAAGAUGCAAUCCAAUAUGUGAAAUUUCUGCAGCUCCAAAUCAAGCUUCUAAGCUCUGAUGAUCUGUGGAUGUAUGCUCCAAUUGCUUAUAAUGGACUUGACAUUGGAUUCAAUCUCAACAGGAAGAUUUCUCCACCACCAUGAACUUAAAAUGAAACCUGUUUAUGAGUGAUAUUAGAUUUAAGAACUUAGCUCAUUUACAUAUUAUCAUGCAUUAAGUAUAAUCUAAUGAUUUGGAAAUCCUAUCUAUUUUUAUAUAGGAUUUGCAAAUUAUUUAGUUUCUGAAUAAUUAUUUUCUAUUCUGUAGUUUUUAAGUGUUCCAAUUUCCAAACAAGAUGAUUUGUGUUGCAAAAUUUAUGUCUCAUGUUGCAUAAAACAUUGUCAAGUAUGCAGUUGUAGGACUUUCAAGUUUUUGGUCAAAAUAAAAUAUUACUAGCUUAUACAUCCUUUUGUAGACCACGCAAUGCUUGUAUGAAUGGGAAUGACCAAUGCAAUCUCUAGAGAAGUUUUGAUCAAUAACACUAUUGGAUUAUUGGUUAUA